CAAACCCACCAUAUCGUUCACCACCCCUUACCACCAUAACAAAGUCAACCCAUAGCCCUAACCCACACCCACCAACCACCAUGACACCACCACCGUUCUUCUGGGGCGAAACACCCGAACCCGAAUACUACACUUCCCAAAACGUCCGCAACUCCAAAUCCUACUUCCAAACCCCCAACGGCAACAUCUUCACUCAAUCAUGGCUUCCCUUAGACCCUAACCAACCCAUCAAAGCCACCGUUUUCAUGACCCACGGCUACACAUCCGACACCAGCUGGAUGUUCCAGAACUUCUGCAUCGCGUACGCUAAAUGGGGGUACGCUGUUUUUGCUGCUGAUCUUAUUGGCCAUGGUCGAUCAGACGGCAUACAUGGGUACAUUGGUGAUAUGGAUAAAGCGGCUGCUACAUCGUUGUUGUACUUUGUUGAUGUUCGUAGGAGUGAAGAGUAUAGGAAUAUGCCGGCGUUUCUGUUUGGGGAAUCAAUGGGUGCGUUGAUUACUAUGCUUAUGUAUUUCCAAUCGGAUCAUGACAUGUGGUCUGGGUUGAUAUUUUCGUCCCCACUUUUUGUUAUUCCUGAACCCAUGGUUCCGUCCAAGGUACUUUCCUUUUCAUUUAUUUCCUAUGAAGUUGGAGCUUAUGAUUGGUUUAUCAAGCCCAACCGUAUUAUUGGUUUAUUCAUCAAAGCGGUUUUAAUUGGAAUGAUAAUUUUGAUUUUUUUUGGACGGCUAGAUCACCCGGUUAGGCCUUUAGCCUUAUCACUCAGAAAAAUUGGAUUUAAAUAAUCCAAUCUAACUGUGUUUUUUGCCAAUAAUAUUCACAACUGAGUUUAUUUCUGUAAGUGGUUUAACCCAUUUUCAUUUUGUUUGUAUAAUAGUUCGUCGUUAAAGUUAACUUAACGGAGUUUAGUUCUUAUCCGAAUUACAAACCGUUGUUUUAGGGAUUUUGAUCAGAACAAGGAUAUGAGUCGAUUAAUAUAAAGCUUACAUCGAAACGGUGCUCCAAACGGCUUGAUUUUUGUUAAUUGGAAGUUUAAACACCCGAAUUGAAGCACCGUUUUCGUCGUUUAGAGCACUGUUUCGAGGUAAAUUUUACAUCAAUUGACUAUCUUCAUUUUGAUCAAAAGUCCUAAAACAUCAAUUUGUAAUUCGAGAAAAAACUUAAUUCUAUUAUGUUUUUUAACGGCGGACCAUUAUACAAACAAAACGAAAAAGCUUGA